UGCCUGGUCCUUUCGAUUCUUUUUUUUAUUUGAAGUUUGUCUGUAGACUUUUUAACUUUUAAGUUUAUUUAAUAGUGAAGUUUUUCAUAUUCCAAGCAAUCUUUUGCUCCAAGAACAGAGUUACAUAUACAGAUAUAAGAGAUGAUAUUUAAGAACGGCCAUGGAAACCUUCCAAAGUUUCCUAAGUAUUCAUAAGUCCUGUAUCAGUUUUCCGCAUUAAUCCAGGAUAUACAAGGGCAUUGAAGAGGAUUCUACUAUGAAUACUCAAGAACCUACCGAUAACAAUGGAGCUUAUACUUCAGUUUCUCCCGAAGAUCACGAUGAAGCAUUGGCUAAUUACAUGCAAGCAACGCUUUACAAUGACUCACCCUUGUCUUCAAAGUGUUGCAUCUUCAGAAUUCCUGACGUAUUUCGCAGACACAACGAGAAAGUAUACGAACCAGAUGUGAUUGCCAUCGGACCCUUCCACCACAGAAAACCAAGCUUGCAGCCGAUGGAAAUUGUGAAAAAAUGGUAUUUACGAACCCUUCUCUCACGUUUGAAUAUAAGCAUGCUUGGCUUGGUUAAAGGCAUUAAAGAAUUUGAGAAACGUGCACGUGACUGUUAUCAAGAACCGAUUGAUCUUGAUCAGAAUGAAUUCAUAGAAAUGCUAAUCAUUGAUGGUUGUUUCUUGGUCGAACUUUUUCGUAAAGAGACGAUUUCUGAAUUAAGAAGCAUGGAUGAUCCUAUAUUCAACAUGGCUUGCAUGCAUCAAUUUUUAUACCAUGACUUGUUGUUGCUUGAGAAUCAGCUCCCUUGGUUUGUUCUUCAAUACUUGUUCAACUUGACCAUGGAAAAUGACCAAAGAACCUUGUCCCUAACUGAGCUUGUCCUCAAAUUCUUCCAAGCCUGUUUCCCACUAACCAACCAUUCCAAAUCAAGUCCCCGAUUAGACUUAGAGAACUUGCACAUUGUGGAUCUGAUAAGAAAUGUUCUGAUUUCAUCAUUUCCAGGUGUUCAAAGUGGUCCAAAGCCAGAGAAGCCAAAACUUAUUCCUUGUGUGACUGAACUUAUAAAGGCAGGAGUGAAAUUCACCAAGAGUUCCUCAGAUAACAUGAUGGAUAUAGUGUUUACAAACGGAACUUUUGAAAUUCCACCGUUUUCGAUCGAAGAGACCACAGAACCUAUCUUCAGAAACCUGAUUGCUUUCGAGCAAUGCUAUCACAGUUGUGAAGAUAAGAUCACAUCUUAUGCAAUUCUGAUGGAUAACCUAAUCAACACCAGCAAAGAUGUGGAAAUUCUUAGUGAUAAAGGGAUUAUUGAUAACUGGUUGAGCGCUGAAGAUGCUUCUCAGUACUUCAACAGGCUCUACAAUGACACUUUUGUGACCACUUUCUUCUACAGCGAACUCUGCAAGGACGUGAAUGAAUAUUAUCGGGCGAAAUGGCCCAAGUGGAGAGCAAUUUUAUUUCGAGAUUAUUUGACAAACCCAUGGACUAUCAUUUCUCUUGUUGCUGCCUUCGUCCUUCUGGUUCUUACCUUCUUGCAGACUUUCUACUCAAUUAAGCAAUUUUACUCUUCUGGUGACUGAAAUUUUUGGCAAGAAAUUCAGACCACCUUGAUUUUAAUGUAUCGUGUAUUAAAUAAUCUUUCAAUAUUGAUUUUAAUGUAUCGUGUAUUAAAUAAUCUUUCAAUACCUUCAAAUGGCAUGCGUUAGAUACCCUUUGUUAGAGAGACAUGUUAGAGAAAUAAACUGGUUUGCCAAAUUGUAUGUUGCAUUAAUAUAUUAAUAAGCAGU